AUGGACCUGCUCCUCCCCAAGCUGGCCCGUGCCAUCAGCUCCCUGUCCAAGUUCGCUGUCCAGUACAAGGACCUCCCGACUCUCGGCUUCACGCACUACCAGGCUGCCCAGCCCAUCACACUGGGCCGCCGCGCCGCCCAGUGGCUCCAGGACCUCGUCUUCGACCUCGAGGACAUCGAGUAUGUCCGCUCCGGCCUCAAGUUCCGAGGCGCCCAGGGCACGACCGGCACCCAGGCCUCGUUCCUGGCGCUCUUCCAAAACGACGCGAGCAAGGUCGACCAGCUCAACGAGAAGCUGUGCGCCAAGAGCGGCUUCCAGGGCUGCUACGACAUCUCCACCCAGACGUACACCCGCAAGGUCGACCUUCGUGUUGCCAACGCUCUGGCUGCGCUCGGCGCCACGGCGACUCGCGUCGCUACUGACAUCCGCCACCUCUGCCACGACAAGGUCUUGGACGAGCCUCAUGUUGCCGGCCAGAUUGGUUCUUCGGCGAUGCCGUUCAAGUCCAAUCCCAUGACGGCCGAACGAAUCUGCAGCUUGGGUCGCAAGCUCAGCAACAUCUCGUCCAACUUUAGCGAGACGUUUUCGUCGCAGUGGCUUGAGCGCAGUCUCGACGACAGCGCCAUCCGCCGCAUGGAUAUUCCCGAGAUGUUCUUCCUCGCCGACGCCAUCGUGACCAGCCUCGAUCACGUCUGCGACGGCCUCGUCGUCUUCCCUGCCGUCAUCAACUCCCAGCUGAUGCAGGAGCUGCCCUACAUGGCCAGCGAAGAGAUCCUCAUCCGCAUGGUCAACCACGGCGCCUCGCGCCAGGUUGCGCACGAGGAGAUCCGCCUGUUGUCGCGCGAGGCUGCCUACCACGUCAAGAUGGAGGGCGGUAGCAACGACCUGAUCGAGCGCAUCAAGCGAACCGACUUUUUCAAACCCAUCUGGGGUGAGGUCGAUGGCCUCAUGGACCCCAGGCUCUUCAUCGGUCGCUGCGCCGAGCAGGUGGAGCGUUAUGCCGGCGCCGGCGGAGUGGUCGACAAGCACCUGGAAAGGUAUCGGCAGUAUAUCCAGUCGAGCAAAACGACGCAACUGGCCGUAUAG